AAAAUACAUUAGAUUAACGACAGUGACUUCAGUUAAAUAAACUAACUGUAAAAAUAUACUUCCAUGUUCAGUAAAAGAUUUAGAGCACGCUUGCGCUGACGUGGAGUAAAAUGAAAGAGAAAAUUGCACGCUUUCAAAGCCUGGCCCCAUGUGUUAACGAAUGGCGUGGUUUGAGAAACAGUUGCCCAACCUGCAAUAACGUGCAUGGAAGAACCGGGCCUAAACCAGCCUAAAUUUUGCACGCCCUAAAGUGUUACUUUACAUCCUUAUCGUGCAUUCAAAAGUUGCGGUAUUCAUAAAGUGCCUUCUUAAAAAUAUUACAGAAAUUGUUUACAGUGCGGUGUUGCAUAAAACGUUAUCGAUUUCAAGGUAACUGAAGCCUGGUUCACAACAGACAGAGAAACACAAAGUGAAGUGAACAUGUAUGGAAUUUAUUUAAAUUUUGAAGAAUAAUGACUACAGAAGUGACAUCUCUAAAGACAGAAUACGUCCAGAACAACUCACAGGAAUUAAAGCCAACCCCUUCGCCCCUCGCUCUCUUGGCGGCAACUUGUAGCAAGAUCGGUGCCACCUCGAACGAAACCGUCAACAAUACCAACAGUAUCGAUAGCACACCGCCCACGAUGACCAGCACGCCCAAUUCGAUCAAAAAUCUUCCAGUUACUGGAAGUCCGCAGGUGGUGAGUGUGCCUGUAGGAAUACCUCAGCAGCUUCAACAACAGCUGCUUCAACAGCAAGGGGCGCAGCUGGUGAACGCUGCCGCCGCCGGUCAGAAUCUCGCCUACAACGUCAUGCAACCAAUGCAAACAGUCACUGUAGAUGGGCAGGAGGCCCUAUUCAUUCCGGCCAUGUCAUUGACAGGGGGACAACAACCGCAGCAAAUCUUUAGCCCUAGUCAAAUUAUUCGAUCUCCUGGAGUUAUACCCACCAAUUUGCAAAAUAUCCAAACGGUGCAGUUAUCAAACGGUCAAAGUGUCGCAGUUAGGCCGUCAAUUCCCCAAGUGGUGCAAUUUCCGACAAUGCAACAGACAAUACCUGUGCAAGUUCCAAUAUCGUCGUCUAAUGGACAAACGAUCUAUCAGACAAUCCAUUUUCCAGUACAAUUAGCAACGGUGCCGAAUAUUAUACAGACUCAACAGGUAGUUCCCCAGAUUGCAAGCAUCUUGACGCCGAAUGGUCAGUUACAGCCGGUGCAGAUCGCGACAUCUAUGGCCGCCCAACCUGCUCAACAAACGCCACAAACGCCCACUUCUGUUGCUACCCAAAACGUCACUGUUCAAGCAGCUGAUACUAAUGCUCAGCCGCUUACAUUUACCGGUGCAAAUGGGCAGCAGUUUACUGUUAUUCCCGCCACUAAUUUGCAACAACUUAGGGGUACAAACAUUGGGAAUGUAAUUCAAAUGCCUAAUAUUCAAACUAUCCCUACCAUUCAAAAUAUACCGGGAAUUGGGAAUGUUCAAGUAAUUACCCAACCAGCUGCCCCUCAAUUGGCAGUUGGUCAACAGUUGCAACAAGAUCCUAAUGAUCCUAGUAAGUGGCAAGUUUUACAGAACAUUACCACUACAUCUCAACCUGUCUCGACACCUCUCACACCAGGAGUUGUGGUAAAUACUUCAUUGGAACAAAACUCGACUACACAAACCAGUGAUUCGUUACAAGAUGGUUUGCAAAAGCAAAGAGUACGACGUGUAGCUUGUACAUGUCCCAACUGCGCAGAGGGUGAGCGGCAUUCUGAUCGAAAAAAACAACAUAUUUGCCAUAUACCAGGAUGCAAUAAAGUUUACGGUAAAACUUCUCAUUUAAGAGCCCACCUAAGGUGGCAUACUGGUGAAAGACCAUUUGUAUGUAAUUGGUUGUUUUGUGGAAAAAGAUUUACUAGGUCAGACGAACUGCAGAGGCAUAGAAGAACACAUACAGGAGAGAAGAGGUUUCAAUGUCCUGAAUGUAGUAAGAAAUUUAUGAGAUCAGAUCAUCUUUCAAAGCAUAUCAAAACACAUCAGAAGCAGAGAAUAACACGACAGAAUGGAGAAGUUAAUGAACCAGGAGAGGAAGAACAUUGGGAACAAGGUCAACCUGAAGAGGACAACAAGAUUAUUCCUCAGGUUUGGAUAACUGAUGGUAAAAAAGUCAAAUAUGCUAUAACACAGCUGAACUAUUCACAAGAGGCAGCAACAUCUACACAAUCAGCAUCUUCUGAUAGUUCAAGCAAUGAAGAGAAAAUGAUGAUAACAAUAAGCACAUCAGAAGCAGAUGAAUUAAUCAUAGCAGAUCCUUUAGACACGUGAAAUAAUCUAAUUUGUAAGAUAUUAAAGUAAUUUAUGUAAAAAUAAGAAAGAACAUUUAUUAUAUGAAAACAUUUUUGUUAA